CUUACAACAAUCCAUAAUUCAUCGAUUUCGUUUUGAAAUUCAAUUGCCUACCCGUAGGAGCUGUGUUCUGAAAUGCCCAAGGCUUGUGAGAGAAUGAAGUCUACGGGACGCAACGUGCUCAUGGCUGUGCAGCGCCUGCAGGCUGAGCCUCACUCUGAUGUCGCCAAGGAGAACAUGGUGACGGCUGCAAGGAGCCUACUACGGGCAACCAUCAAGGUUCUGCUCGUGUCGGAUGGGGCCGAGGUGCGUCGGAUCAUCCAAGCCGCCCACUUUGUGCAGGACAGACUCCACCUGGUUCAGUCCGUGGAGUCCAUGAAGGCCCUGGUGGUUGCCUUCAAGGCUUUUACCGAGUCUGUGAUGACACUGAGCAGCCUCUGUGACCAACGACAGCAAGACCUUACCCAGCCUGAGACGAAAGAGAGAAUCCUUGUUGCCAUGGAUACCCUGCGCAAGGCAGUGCCCACGCUCAGUACGGCCAUGCAGACCCAUGUAAAGUACCACAGCAACGCCCAGGCCAAGGCAAGCCGUGACUUUGUCAUCAGCCAGGUGUCUGCUGCCAUCUCGGACAUCAUUGGACUGAUGGGAAGUCAGCUGCAAGAUGCCCCUGCCACCGGAGACCGGAGCGACCUCGAAGAGGAGAUGGCAGAGAAGACACACCAGGAGGAGCCGGGCCACUUUGCCGCCAAGCUCGACAAGCUUUUACAGCUGCUGUCACCCAACUACCGCGCGUCCCUGGACGCCGAUUUCUACAGCCACGUGGCGGACGUCGUCCGGCACAGCAUGUCCGUGGGAUCUCUCUCCCGGGAGAAGCUACGGGAGCAGAUCACUUCCUCUUGCAAACAGAUCUUGAAGCAGCGGGGACUGAUCCAGGACCAGUCGCAAGGGAUCCGCGACAACCCGGCCUUCUGCCAGCUGCGCUCCGACUUUGGCUCCAGCUGCGAGAGCCUGGCCAAAGAGCUGUUGGUCCUGGAGAAGCUGGUGAAGUUUGCCCUCAUCGGACAGACAGUGGACGCCUUCGUGGAGACGGUAGAGCCCCUAGACAGGAUGGUGAAGGCUGCUACGACUGCACUCAAGGACAAGGGACCGCUGCGGGAAAAAGACUGCAUCCGAAUUUUGCAGCCACUGGAGGACACGUUCCACGAACACACAGACAGAAUGUGCCAACUCGGUAGCUUUGCUUCAGCAAGUUGUACAGAUAUACAGAGAGCUUCCAGCUUGUUCCAGGUGGUGGGUUCGCUGGAGAGGCUGGACCCCGAAGUCUUCCCGGCGUGCCUAGCGGUGCGUCAGGACAUCCUGGACAAAGGGGCCGUCCGCCACCUGAAGCUGAUCCGCCGCCAGUGGCUGAGCGAGGUGCAGCGGUUGGUGGAGGCCAUGGACGACCUCAUCGAUGCAAACAGAUUCCUGGAAGUGUCAGGUGAGGAAUACCUUGCAGGUUCAUAG